AUGAUCAUUGAUAUGCCACCAUCCAUGGCUCAAAAUUCCCGCUCAAGCAGAUCUUCCUUUAGUUCUAACAAUGGCACUGAGAAUACUCUUGUCAACAACUACACUGCUGUUAGUAUUGCCGAUGAUUCUGAUUGUGAUAGCUCAAAUUUAGCACCAUCAACUCCAUCGACUCUGUCAAUGGCUGUUCCAGCAGAACUUGCUGGAGCUAUACCCUUGAUUGACAAAUUUCAGGUGGAUGGAUUUUUAAAAAUGAUGCAUAAACAAAUUCAAUCUGCUGGGAAACGUGGUUUUUUUUCUAAAAGAUCUUCAGAUCCCCAAGCUCGUGAGAAAUUUACAUUUGAGGACAUGCUUUCUUUUCAAAAGGAUCCAAUACCAACGGCAUUGCUUAAGAUUAAUGGUGAUUUAGUAAGUCGCGCGACAAAAUUAUUCCAGAUGAUUUUGAAGUAUACCGGAGUUGUUGAGUCUUCUGAUUGUGCAACUCCAUUAAGCUUAGAUGAACGAGUUGAGCUUGUUGAGAAACUAUACAAGCAUAGUUUGAAACGAUCAGAACUUCGAGAUGAGCUUUUUAUUCAAAUAUCAAAACAAACAAGAAAUAACCCUGAUAGGCAAUACUUGAUCAAGUCAUGGGAGCUUAUGUAUGUAUGCGCAUCCUCCAUGUCCCCUAGUAAAGAUAUUGCAGUUUAUUUGUCGGAAUACGCUCAUAACAUAGCACAUAGUGUUUCUACUGAUUCCGAGAUUCAAGCCCUUGCAUUAAAUUCGUUGAAUGCUUUGAAGCGUUCUGUUAAGGCUGGUUCUAGACAUGUAAUACCUGGACGUGAAGAGAUUGAAGCUUUGUUGACAGGGAUAAAGCUUACAAAUGUAGUGUUCUUCUUAGAUGAAACAUUUGAAGAAAUUACGUACGACAUGUCAACAACAGUCGCUGACGCUGUCGAGGAACUCGCAGGGCUCAUUAAACUGUCUACAUACUCUAGUUUUAGUCUGUUUGAAUGUCGUAAAGUUAUUACAAGUUCCAAAUCAUCUGAUCCUGGGAAUGAGGAGUACAUUGGAUUAGAUGAUAACAAAUACAUUGGGGAUCUCCUGGCGGGCUUUAGAGCAGCCAAAGAUCGAAAUAAGGGAGAUACUUUGCACUGUAAACUGAUAUUCAAGAAAAGGCUUUUUCGUGAAUCCGAUGAAGCUGUGACAGAUCCAAUGUUUGUGCAGUUGUCCUAUGUACAAUUGCAGCAUGAUUAUAUUUUGGGUAAUUAUCCUGUUGGAAAGGAUGAUGCUGCUCAGCUUUCUGCAUUACAAAUCCUGGCUGAGAUUGGAUCUGUUAGCACACCUGAAUCAUGCACUAACUGGAAUUCACUUCUGGAGCGAUUUCUUCCUAGACAAAUUUCAAUGACUCGAGCAAGACGUGAAUGGGAGUUUGAUAUUCUUUCUCGAUAUCAUUCAUUGGAGCAUCUGACAAAAUAUGACGCAAGACAACAAUUUCUGCGUAUAUUGAGAGCCCUUCCUUAUGGAAAUUCUGUUUUCUUCAAUGUUCGCAAGAUUGAUGAUCCUAUUGGACUCUUGCCUGGACGGAUAAUACUUGGAAUCAAUAAAAGAGGGAUUCAUUUUUUUCGUCCAGUUCCUAAGGAAUAUUUGCACUCAGCUGAGUUAAGAGACAUAAUGCAAUUUGGUAGCAGCAAUACGGCAGUCUUUUUCAAAAUGCGAGUAGCCGGUGUUCUUCACAUAUUCCAAUUUGACACCAAGCAGGGUGAAGAAAUUUGCGUAGCUCUUCAGACACAUAUAAAUGAUGUAAUGUUGCGCCGCUAUUCGAAAACACGAUCUUCUAGUGGCAGCAGUUCUUUGAAUGGUGAUGUUUCUAAUAAUUUAAAGCCUCCUAGUUCAGAAACAUAUGAGAAGCGAAUUCAAGAUUUAUCUAAACUUGCUGAAGAAUCUCAAAGAAAUGUUGAUCAAUUGCAUAAAGAAUUGCGUGAGAAGGAGGAACAGGAAGAAGAAUUGCAAGAACAGGUGCAUGGUUUGAAGGAAUCCUUAAAAGCUAAUAAGCAAAAUCUCGAGGCAGUUACAAGUGACCGGGAAAGGCUUAGGUUAUUAUGCAGUAAAAAAGAUCUGGCGCUGCAGGUUAUAGAGAACGAUUCCAAAAAGGAUCUUGUUGAAACAAAUAACCAAGUGCUACAAAAGCUUAAGUAUGAGCUAAAACAUUAUAAAGAUGAGCUGCAUUCAGCUGAGGAAAUCAUCGAAACCUUGACAAGCGAAAAAAAGAUUUUAGAACAGAAACUGUCUGUGCUUGAGAAGAGGAAUGCUGAAGAGAGUAAUUCUCUUCAACGAAAACUUGAGCAAGAACGCAAAGCGGUGAAGUCUGAAGUGUAUGACCUUGAAAGAAAGCUAGAAGGGUAUAGACAAGAACUAAUGGCGGCUAAGUCUAUUAUUUCAGUCAAGGACUCUGAGUUGACCACACUGAACAAUAAUCUCAAGGAACUUGAAGAAUUGCGAGAAAUGAAAGAGGAUAUUGAUAGAAAGAAUGAACAGACAGCUGCCAUAUUGAAGAUGCAAGGAGCUCAACUAGCUGAGAUGGAAACUCUUUACAAGGAAGAACAGGUUUUAAGAAAGCGUUAUUUUAAUGUUAUAGAAGAUAUGAAAGGCAAGAUCAGAGUUUAUUGCCGGCUAAGACCUCUUAGUGACAAAGAGAUUGCUGAAAAAGAAAGAGAAGCUGUUAUUGCGGUAGAUGAGUUUACUGUUGAGUUCCUUUGGAAAGACGAUAAGCCAAAGCAGUACAUAUAUGAUCGUGUUUUUGGUGGUGAUGCAACUCAAGAAACCGUAUUUGAGGAUACCAGGUAUUUGGUGCAAUCUGCCGUAGAUGGUUUUAAUGUGUGCAUAUUUGCUUAUGGGCAAACUGGCUCCGGAAAGACAUUUACAAUCUAUGGAUCGGAAGACAACCCUGGACUUACACCUCGGGCAAUUGCCGAACUUUUUAGAAUUUUAAGGAGAGAUGGUAACAAAUAUUCAUUUUCGUUGAAGGCAUACAUGGUGGAAUUAUAUCAAGAUACACUUUUAGAUCUUUUACUACCUAAGAAUACAAAGCAUUCAAGAUUGGAUAUCAAGAAGGAUUCGACGGGAAUGGUUGUUGUGGAAAACACAACAGUCGUGUCAAUUUCUACAAUUGAAGAACUGAAUAAUAUAAUACAUAAGGGAUCCGAACGACGGCAUAUAUCAGGAACGCAAAUGAAUGCAGAAAGUUCGAGGUCUCAUCUCAUUCUUUCAAUAGUAAUUGAAAGUACAAACCUUCAAAGUCAGUCUGUUGCAAGGGGAAAGCUGAGUUUCGUUGAUCUUGCUGGUUCAGAAAGAGUGAAAAAGUCGGGUUCUAUGGGUAGUCAAUUGAAGGAAGCACAAAGUAUCAACAAAUCGUUAUCAGCGCUCGGAGAUGUGAUAAGUUCCUUGUCGUCUGGUGGUCAACACACACCUUAUAGGAAUCACAAGUUAACUAUGUUGAUGAGUGAUUCACUUGGUGGUAAUGCGAAAACUCUCAUGUUUGUCAAUGUUUCUCCAAUAGAAUCAAGCUUAGACGAGACUCAUAACUCUCUCAUGUAUGCGUCGAGAGUUAGAUCAAUUGUAAAUGAUCCUAGCAAAAAUGUGAGUUCAAAAGAAAUAGCACGGUUAAAGAAGUUGGUUGCAUAUUGGAAACAACAAGCUGGUAGAGCAGAGAAUGAAGAUUUAGAAGAAAUUCAAGAAGAAAGAUUACCUAAAGAGAGACCAGAUAGUCAUGGUAGCUCUAGAUAUAGUCUAGGUUAA